AUGGGUUCCGGGAAGGGACGUGAGGAAGAAGAUGGCCGUUUGGUCAACCAUUCAAAGGCACGCUUGGUGGACCAGCGACGCCCGGCCGGAUCAAACUCUUUGACCACGGCGCAGACAAAAGACGAGGAGGAGGAGAAGGAACCACGCGUGGCCAGAUCAAUGGAGGCCGACCAGCUUCCUCCCUCCUUCCUCCUUUCCAUGCACAGCCAAACUUUGUUAGACUCGCUGACGAGCCACACGUUUUCAAGGACAGCCAUCACGACUGUAUGCAUAUAUACUGGUCGCUUCGUCUUCUUCGUCAGGCCAAACAACAUCGUCUUCUUCUUCUUCUUCGUCCCUCCUCUUCCUCCUCCGAUGGAGAAGCCAUCGACGACAGCCCCCUCCCAGUCGCUCGCGCUGACAGAGCCCAUCGUGCUCCUCUUCUACAAGACCGUCUCCAUCUGGUUCCUCCUCCUCCAGAAGAUAUCCCUCCAGUUCGUCGUCUUCCUCCGGUCCCGCGACGAGUUCCCCGCUCCGUGCGCCUCGAGGAUCGAUGAACACGCCGGUAAGGGCGCAUCGGGCGACUGCGGGGACGCCCUGGAACUGACCAGGGAGGACGUGGAGGCGGUGAUGGAGGCCAUGGGCAUCCACCGCGGUUCCGACGGCGGCGACCAGCUCAGGGAGCGCAUCGCCGGCGCGGAGCUGUCGGGCCUGUUCGAGGGCGAGGAGCCCAACCUGGAGGAGGUGGAGGCGGCGUUCGCGGUGUUCGAUGACGACCGCGACGGGUUCAUCGACGCCGCGGAGCUGCAGCGAGUGCUCCCCAAGCUGGGCUUCCGGGAGGGGCUGGCGCUAGAGGCGUGCCGGCAAAUGAUCGCGGCGUACGACGAGAACCAGGACGGGAGGAUCGACUUCGAUGAGUUCGUCAAGUUCAUGGAGAACAGCUUCUGCUGACCAUUCUUUUCCUGCAUCCUCUCAUCCUCUUUUUUAGUCCUUCCCGUGUAAAGACGAAGGAUUCGAUUCAACGAAGCAAAUCAUUCUUUUGGCCUGAUCCAAUAAAUAAGAUGCAGCAAAACACAUACAUAA